AUGGCCGUUUUGAUCGGACUAAAACUCCCUCGUGUCGCCCCCCUCGUCUCCUCGACCGCGGGCCUCAUUUUGCCUUCUCCUCGUCUUGUUGAUAAAGGAUUUCGUCAAGAUCCAACAGCCACAACGCUUCCUCACUUGUUCCCGGCCAUCUUCAAGAAACUUAUUUGGGUGGUCAGCAUAAUUCACCUACUUGGAGGCGUUCUCGGUCUCCUUAAUGGAAUCGGCCCCGCUGGCGCAGCACUUGAUGAUCAGACUCGAUGGUGUUAUCUCGCGGGUGGCCUGUUUGCCGCCGGUCACUUAGUGUACGGCAAGACCGCCAUGCAGAUCAUUGGCACCAUUUGGGAUGCCUCCCUGCCGGGAAAGAAGAAUCUAGGAGCGCUGCACCCUUGGCUCCGGCUGAAUUGGUGGAGGAUCAUGACCGCCAACAUACCCGCACUGCUCUUCUUCCUGACUGCAUUAAUCAGAGCAAUUAUGGUUCGUCAGGCCUAG